UUUCUAUUAUUUGUAAUGUUUACUGUGAUAACAUGUUCGUUAAUAGAGAAAAAUCAUGGUCUUUUGCAGGUCAAGUUUAGACUGAUAGUGUUUCGACCAUUUGUAGGAGAAGUAAUAGCUGCUAAACUCAAAGAGUCCAAUGCUGAGGGUUUACGCUUGUCACUUGGAUUUUUCAAUGACAUUUAUGUACCCCCACCUCUAAUGCCAUCUCCAUCACGUUCUGAGCCUGAUCCCGAGAACAAGAACCAAGUCAGAUGGAUAUGGCAGUUUGAGGGACAAGAUGAAUAUCCUAUUGAUGGCGUAGAUGAGAUUAGGUUCCAAGUUCAUAGUGUUAGUUAUCCAUCCGUACCUCUUGAGCAAGAAAAGGAUUCAAAGCCAUUUGCACCAAUGGUCAUAAAGGGAUCUCUUGAUGCUGAUGGUCUAGGACCUAUUUCAUGGUGGAUAUAGCAGAAAUUACUGAAGAUUCUUUGACGAUAAACUAUAUAAUUUUUUUUUGUUAAAUAGAGAGAAAAACAGAAGGGAGCCUUCGAGCAAUGGUAAAGUUGUCUUUGUGUAACCUAUAGGUCACGGGUUCGAGCCGUGGAAUCAGCCAUUGAUGCUUCAGGGUAAACUGCCUACAUCACACCCCCUUGGGGUGUGGCCUUUCCCCGGACCCUUGCAUGAAUGCCGGACGUGCUGCCCCUGAGAGAGAAAAGUAGUGACUCUAAUUUUGAGACCCUGAGAAAGAAGCAAAAUGAGCUUCUCUUUGUGUUAGUUCAAAUCUCUUAGCAGUUCCUCAGUACACUCUUUUCAGAAAGGAUGAUUCUGCUACUUAUGUCUUUCUAUUUCUAUUUGUGAAGUAAUUAAUCCAUAAAAUAUAUGUAUGGUUUUUACAUAUAGAUAAAUUCAAUUUAAAAUAUUGUCGGUCACACUGUUUUUCUACCCGCAUAAGGUAAGGGUAAGAUCUGCAUACACACUAUUCUCCUCUGGCCCUACUUGUGGGAAUACACUAGGUAUGUUAUUGUUUCGAUCA